AUGUCCCUCCUCUACCACAAGGCAUCUCACUGCGCUGGCCGCCUGAAUAACUCAAACACUGCAGACAAUGCCCACCGCGCAUGGCAAUCCUUAUCCCCAACGCCAAACCCUCAAGACGAUAUCAUCACCCACAUCGACUCACACCUCGCCUGGCAAGACUCCGAUCCUCUCCCCUGGGACAUGCGCCCCUUCGUACAAGAAUUCCACGCAUACCAAGCGCACGCGGCGUCGCGCGAGUCGCGCAGGCGAGGCAGUGCCGGCACUUUGGUUCUAGAUUGGGACGGCGAGAGUGAGGGGCUAGCCUAUUAUCGGGGGCGGGAGGAAGGGUUAGUGGUAGGUGAGGUUGGAUGUGAUGAUCGGUAUGCCCAGUCUUUUACAGCAAGAUACUGGCCCGAGCGGAACCAUGUGCAAGGACACGAUCGGGACACGAGGUACGCUUAUGAUUACAAUGGGGACAUGAUGCAUGUUACUUGCGGCCCUUCGCUCUCCUCAUACACUGACUCAAACUCUUACACUUCCCCUUCACAAUCGGAAGUCUCGGAGUACUUCGCCCUGCCUGUCGAGUCCUACACGACCGGUGUACCCUUCUCCGUUUCUCAGAACGCUGGAUCUGGAAGGGACAAGGACCUCCCAGCCCUUCCAGUCAAGGGAAAGGUGGUAGGUUUCGUGGAGAAGGUCAUGCGGAAGUUGGAUGGAUUGGGCGUAUUGGGGAAGAUGAGGCGAAAGAGGGAGAAGAAAAGGAAGAGGAUUUGA